CAUUGAGCCCGCAGUUCUUCCCCAUCGGUAAAGUUUUCGAAAUGGCGACCAAGCGUAAGUUUGCAGGGGAGAAUAGCGGCGCGCUAGUUCCUGUUAAGAAGCCGAAACAGAAUCAGUUAGCUUUACAAGACCAAGGAGGGGCAAUUCAAUCGCUUCCCCAAAGAACAUCAAGCCUUGAGGCUCCCAUUAUGUUAUUAAGUGGACAUGAGCACCAUGUUCACAGCAUCAACAGACAAGACAUUAGGUAUUUGGGAUUAUGAAACAGGUGCAAGGAUAAAGAAGUUGAAAGGCCACAGUUCAUUUAUAAAUAGUUGUUAUCCAUCUAGAAGAGGGCCUCAGUAUGUUGUCAGUGGAGCAGAUGAUUGUACUGUCAAGUUGUGGGACACAAGAAAAAGAGGAUGUGCACAAACAUUUCAGAACAUUUAUCAAGUAACUGCAGUUUCAUUCAAUGACACAAGUGAUCAAAUCCUCUCAGGAGGCAUAGACAAUGAGAUAAAGGUAUGGGAUCUUAGGAAAAAUGAUGUCCUAUACAAGAUGUCUGGACACACAGACACAGUCACUGGUCUUAGUCUCAGUCCAGACGGUUCAUUUAUCCUCUCCAAUGCAAUGGAUAACACAGUUCGUAUGUGGGAUAUUCGUCCAUUUGCCCCUUUGGAAAGAUGUCUGAAAGUUUUCACUGGAGCACAGCAUAACUUUGAAAAGAAUUUAAUCAAGUGUUCUUGGUCCCCUGAUGGACUAAUGAUAUCAUCUGGAUCAGCUGAUAGGUUUGUUUAUGUCUGGGAUACAAAUUCCAGAAGAAUUCUGUACAAACUCCCUGGACAUGAUGGAUCAGUAAAUGAUGUUGACUUUCAUCCCAAUGAACUGAUCUUGAUGUCCUGUGGAAGUGACAAGAAGAUAUAUCUUGGAGAAUUGCAAGCAUAAUACACAUCUGCAUUGCUCUUAGUCUCCUGGCCUGCAAAGUCAGAAUCUUCAGAAAUUCUUGGUGACACAACACACAACAAAAGACAUGUUGUACAUGUUCGUUCUCUUUAGUUGUCAAGAACAUGACAUCUUUCACAGAAUUUCAGUAAAAAUUCUGUUACUUCCAUAAAUAAAUAUAACCAUUUUAAUUUAUUUCUGUUGCAAGACUUAGAUUAAUAGACUUUCAGUGGUCAUUUUUUCAUUAACUCCGAGAUAUAAUAGUUAUCAAUUAAUUUCAUCUCUUUGCUACUUUUAAAAUUUUCAAACAUCCACAUUUCAUCUCACAUCUCACAUAUAUGUUCCUAGUUUACAGUGUAUAAACUCAUGUGAAAGAAUAUUGUAAGGACUUCAAAAUACAUGUUAACAAGUUUUCUUUAAGACUACAGAGUUUCUGUAAGUGUCAAGGCCUUGCUGAUGAAAAAGGUUUUCUUCUUGAGGCACAAGAAUGUAAAUAAACUGAGAAACCUUUC